AAAGCAAUUUCGUAUUUGUGAGCCGCGUGACCGUCAAUCAGCGCGCUUUUUAAAGUGGUCAUUGUGUCGUACCGGAAAGCGAAUUCAGGAUUACGGUAAACGUACGUUUCGGAGGGCUAAAAUUUACUAAUACGUGUAUGAAAAACAAGGACGAGAGUUGCAGUUCUUGCUAGUCGCCUACGCCACUUACAUAAAGCAAGGCGAAACGAACACGGUUGCUUAUAAACGCCGCAUGCUUAGAGCAGAUCGAAAUAAAGAUGAAGUUUAUGUGAAAAUAGAAAGGACUCAACAUCAACAUCAACAAGAAAAGGGCGGUAGCUGGGGCCACGAGCAGCGCCGAAUCACCGGGCGAGAUGAGGUCAAUUGUGGCGACGCUAAUCCUCGCUGCUGUCGCCCUGAGGACCGCCGGCCAACAACGCGAGGAAGAGCUGCCCUUCGACGACCUCAUGGCCACCAUCUGCCGUAAAUAUGAAAAUGCCGCCGACAGAAAAGAUGCUAUCAUGUGCGUUGGUGACCGAAUGGAAAUUGAACUGGAAGCCAUUGUGACAGAGUGCCUCCAGAGACAGUACAGGUUUGGCAAAAUCAGUGAUCAGGCUUUUGACAUGCUCUGCGACGAUGACAGCAGAAAAAUGGACCGCGUCUACGACUGCGUCGAUGACCAGGCAGACAGCCAAGGAGGCCGUGAUUGGACUCUUGACGAGGUCACAAAAUACGUCCAGGUAACGAUGUUUAAUGUGCACUUCUGGUUUCCUGUAGUCCAGCAAGCCCAAGCGUGCUUUUAUGUGUGCGUUUUCUAAUUAUUCUGAAGGAAUUCUUUACAAACC